AUGAUGGACAGCUCGCACGAUGCCUAUAGUAGUCUGAUGGGCUCGGCAACUCACCCGUCGACUGACGACGUGGCCAAUAUUGACCUCGAUUUCAGCACGCUGUUACCAUCCGAGCAUGCUCUCACGCUAGGCCCUUACGAGCAAUGCAUCCACGACGAUUCCUGCUUGCACUUUACGCAAGCACACCGAGCUCAAAGCAAAGCUCAACGAAACUUUGCACAAACGCCACCAGCUACUUCGUCGUCAGCUCUCAGCCGAGGUCGAAUCAGAUCCAAUCGCACAGAGCAUGGCAGAACGCAAAGCCAAGUGGACAUUCCAUCAGGCCUGGAUCACCCGCAAUACGAAUGGGAUCACAUCUUCAGUGAUAAUUCUUUGGCUGAUUGCAAUUUGUACCCCGGUGGCAUGCCUAGCGUCUGCAAAGAUGAUGAUUGUGUUUCCAUGUCUUGCAGUUCUGCUUGUGAUGGAAGUUGCCCCAGCCAGUGUGGCGAAACUAGCCACGCUGUUUGUUGUGACGACGAUACUUGUGGUAGCCCACAACUUUGUAUCGACGAAGACUGCCAAGUGGCAAGCGAGCCUUGCACUGAUGAGAACUGCGUCGUGGAUCCAUCAAUCAAUCAGCAACAGCCACGGACCGUGCCUGCAAUCACAUGCCGCGACAAGGCAGCUGCCGUUGCCCUCACCUCAAUUGGUGAGAAUAAUAAUCCCCAGAUGCUUCAAAAUGCGUUCUUUCAGCAGCCGCAGCAGGAGGCACAAGCUGGAGAUGCAUUAAUGAGCUUUUUAGGCUUGCCUCAUAGCUUACCAUGUGGCAGCCUCUCCAUGGACUCUAUUCUUGCCAAUCACAAUGGUCAAACAACUUUUCCCAACCAACCGUAUCAAAUGGCCUUUGAGUACGCUCUCGCAAAUCAUAUUGUGCAGUAUCAUGAUCCAUCUCAUGGAUUUACCAGUAACGGAUCGUGUGUUGCCAAUGAGCCAAGUCAGUUGAUCACGAAAUGUACAUUGCCAAAAUUCAACCCGAAUGACUUGGCCAAUACAGACCCGUUUCUGCCUCAACUGCAGUCCCAUGAAUGUGGUUUCGAAGUACAAGAUCCCACUGAGUAUGCUCAACACAUAUUUCAGGAGCACAGGUCGACGUUGAUGAUGCAGGGAAAUCAAUACGGAUUUCCUGGCUCUGGUCAUGCCCAUGGCCACCCGGCUGGCUCGAAUUCUCACCGGAAUCAAGGAUUAUAUGGUCCCUAUUUCAAUUACAACACAACGCCAAACUCAAAUCACGGCUCUCCCUCUAUGCCGUCGCUGACAAACAUGUCUAUAAGACCGUCGUUAUCAGCCACUCCAGUCUCAUUGCCCACGCCAUCUCCUCUUGAGUCUGAGCACUCUUUCACGGAGGCUACAUCCACAGCCCAUACUAUGAGUCCCGUUAGUGAGACAAAGCCGCAAGUGAUGGCACAAGAAGACCAGUUUUUAUGCCGGUGGCUCGUAGGACGCGGAGAUGCCAUAUGUGGUCAACGCUUUGAAAAUGAUGAGCAGUUACAGAAGCAUUGCAAGCAGGACCACCUGAAGCAAUUAAAGAAGGUCAAUGGCGGUUUUAGAUGUGGGUGGGCUAAUUGUACACGAGACACUUGCUUCACUCAACGAAGCAAAGUUGAGCGACACAUGCAAGUCCACACUGGAUACAAACCGGUUCACUGUGACAUCUGCGGAGCUGCUCUGUCGGCUAAGCAGGCUCUUGAGCAGCACAUGAGGAUUCACACAGGCGAAACGCCAUGGGUGUGCAAGUAUCCAGGCUGCGGCUGUGCCUUUAAACAACAAAGUGCUCUUACUAUGCAUGAGAGGACACACACUGGUGACAAACCUUUAGAGUGUGAGAUUUGUGGCAAGCGUUUUAGCGAAUCCUCAAAUUUGUCUAAACACCGACGGACCCAUAACGUAAAAGGCAUGCACGAGUGUCAGCUCUGUGGCAAGGACUUCCACAGGCUUGACCAAUUGCGUCGUCAUAUGGGUACAAACCACAAAGAUAGGCCUGCUGAGGUUGAUGCCAUUCUCAGCGAAGCCAAGAGUAAAAUCAGGGCGAACAAAAUAUCGAAACUGAAGAAGAUCAAGUCCAAAGGCAAGGAUGGUCAGAUGAAGUCGGAGCUAUUGCUAGACUUCGAUGAUGUCGAUACCAUGGACACGAUUGAAGAACCCCUCCAUACGGUCAUACUUCAUUCUUAA